AUGGCCAUGCGAGCUCUUCAGGCGUCCACAUCCUACAGUGUUGGCUUUGGCGUGUCCUUCGCCUCCCCUCCCCGGCGUUCCAGUCACCGCCGUAUCACCCUUGCCCAAAUGGAACCAACAGACAAGUCUGUUGAGAUUAUGAGGAAGUUCUCGGAGCAAUAUGCUCGUAAGUCGGGAACGUAUUUCUGUGUGGACAAAGGAGUCACUUCCGUUGUUAUCAAGGCGUCCACAUCCUACAGUGUUGGCUUUGGCAUGUCCUUCGCCUCCCCUCCCCGGCGUUCCAGUCACCGCCGUAUCACCCUUGCCCAAAUGGAACCAACAGACAAGUCUGUUGAGAUUAUGAGGAAGUUCUCGGAGCAAUAUGCUCGUAAGUCGGGAACGUAUUUCUGUGUGGACAAAGGAGUCACUUCCGUUGUUAUCAAGGGAUUAGCAGACCACAAAGAUACAUUGGGUGCUCCACUUUGCCCUUGCAGGCAUUAUGAUGACAAAGCUGCUGAAGCACAACAGGGCUUUUGGAACUGUCCAUGUGUUCCCAUGAGAGAGAGGAAGGAGUGCCACUGCAUGCUUUUUCUCACACCUGAUAAUGAUUUUGCCGGCAAAGAACAGGUGUUGCUACUUAAAUCGCAUAUUCCUCCAUUUAAAGAUCUCACAGCAAUGGAAGAGAUAUUUGGAAGGAAGUGGUUUAGGGUGCCUGAUUCUUGA